UUGAAAUCAGUAAGAAUCGGGCACGUGUGACGGUAUUGAAAAUAAUGACACUGUAUCAUUGUUAAAAACUGUGAAAGUAUAAACAAUUUAUAAAGAAGAUUAAAGACACACAGCUGAAAAUGGAUAUCUUGGACAUUUUCAGCGCAAAAGGCUCCUUCCAAAGAAAGGUACUGCCUGGUCCAUCAAGCCGAAGAAAAGUACCGCACGACAUGUCUUUAUUAGAUGCAGAAUUAAAUACAACAAUUAGAAGUAUGGAAGUUGGAACAGACUAUGCAGCAGAAUAUGUGCAAAAAGAGGAAAAUGAACUAUUAGAGUCAGCACAAUGUUAUAACACAAAUAAUGAAACCAAUUAUGAUGUUGUAUCACAAGGCACAGUCCUUACCCAAGAUGUGAACAAUGAGGAGACCAUGAAAAUAUUUAAGUCAUAUGAUUUUGCUUAUCAGCCAAACGCUAGCUUAACGAUUACUUCUAAAAGAGAUCAAAUUGCUUCCAUGAUUGAAACGAAUUCAGUUGUAGUAAUCCAAGGACCAACUGGUUGUGGUAAAACUACUCAGGUACCACAGUUCAUUUUAGAUUCCUGCUACAGGAAAAGACUUCACUGUAACAUCAUAGUUACACAACCUAGACGUAUUGCUGCUAUAAGUAUUGCUAAACGAGUUAGUCAGGAAAGAGAUUGGCCUGUGGGUACCCUUGUUGGUUAUCAAGUGGGUUUGAUAAAUCAUUCGUGCAGAGAUACUCGUUUGACUUACUGCACAAGUGGUGUUCUUUUACAUAAAUUAAUAAAUUCUAAAAACAUGCUUGAUUAUACACAUAUUAUACUUGACGAAGUUCAUGAAAGAGACCAGAAUAUGGAUUUUCUUUUGCUUGUUGUCCGUAAAUUAUUACGUACAAAUUCACGUACAGUGAAAGUUGUUCUAAUGUCUGCAACAUUUGAAGUAGAUAGGUUUGCAAAAUAUUUUUCUUCGCCGGUAGGAGACAAACUUGUACCGGCGCCUAUUAUUGACAUUGCAAAAAAAAAUUACUUUAAUGUUGCUAUAUAUUACCUUUGUCAAAUGGGUGCAUUGGGUCCGUUACCUGAAGUAUAUCCUGCAGAACCAAAUGUUUCAAAGAAAAUGAUGGAAUUUUGCGUGAAUCUGAUCAAAAUUCUUGACGAUGUGGAUAUGAAAGCUGAUGAUGCAAACUAUGAUCCAGACACAAAUGUCUAUGAAAGGCAUGUGAUUCUUGUAUUCUUACCAGGGAUUAACGAGAUCGAGGAAAUGCAUAAUCUGUUAUCGUUACCACAACAUGAAAAAGCUAAAUGGGAUAUAGUAGUGUUACACUCUUCGAUCACAAAUGAAGAACAACAACAAAUUUUUCAAAAACCACCCCAUACUUAUCGUCGCGUUAUCUUGUCCACAAAUAUUGCUGAGAGCAGUAUCACAGUACCUGAUGUAAAAUAUGUAAUCGAUUUCUGUUUAACGAAACAACUUAUUAUUGAUCAGAAGACGAACUUUCAAUGUUUAGAACUUACAUGGGCGAGUAGAGUGAAUUGUGACCAAAGAGCGGGUCGUACAGGCCGAGUAAUGGAUGGACGAGUAUAUAGACUGGUACCACAAGCUUUCUACGAGUCUGUACUGCCUGGAGAAGCGUCACCGGAAAUGUUACGGGCACCACUAGCAAAUCUAGUACUUAAAGCAAAAUUGUUGGACAUGGGAGAACCCAAAGCUAUUUUAGCACUUUCCCUCGAUCCUCCCAAUCUUGGAAAUUUAGAAAGAACGAUAUUGCUGUUGAAAGAAGCAGGUGCAUUAAUCGAUAAACCCAAUGAAAUUCAAAAUCUGAAUGGAGAGUUAACAGAUCUCGGUCGAGUUAUGGCCAAUCUCCCACUGGACAUCCAUAUAACAAAAUUAAUAAUGUUAGGUCAUGUUUACAGUGUCUUAAAAGACACGAUUAUUAUUGCAGCCAGUUUAGCUGUCAAAGAUAUGUUUAACAGCCCAUUCCAACAGAAGUUACUGGCAUACAAUGUUAGACUGAGUUGGGCGGACAGUUCAUGUAGCGAUUGCAUAGCUUUCAUGAACGUGUAUAAAGUGUGGAUAACCGAAAAAGCGAGUCGUCGGAUAACGAGUGAUGCUGCGGAAAAGAAAUGGGCCCAAAGAAAUUUCAUACAGAUCAGAGUGUUGCGUGAAGUCAAAGCCCUUGUUACGGAAUUAACAAAUAGAUUGGAGAAACUAGGUAUAAGAGAAAGCGCAGGCUUGAAUAAAGUAGUUUGGGAUGAAACUGAACGACCAUUUGUUCUGAAAAUUGUAAUCGCCGGAGCAUUUUACCCGAAUUAUUUUAUCAAACAUGUAUUAGAAGUAAAAACUAAUGAACAUGCAGGAAUAAAGUUACUGGGCGGUCUGGACCCAUCUAAAACGGUAUAUGUACAAGGGUGGCCUCUAAGACAGCCGGGACUUCUGUACGCAAGGAGAAUUCAAGACAUUUUUCGACAAAACUUAACGUCUUCCGUUGGCAAAAUAAAAGUAUCUUUCGACGCUUCGACUCGAGUUUACAUUCAAUUUAGUAAAGACGAAUUUUUCCAAAAUGAGAACAAUGACGCAGUGAGAAAAAUAUCUCCGUCUGUUUACAAAGCCAUCAGAAUGAGACAGUGUAAAAUUCCCAUGGAGAUACCAAUUUUAAACGAAGAAACAGCUCUUCAACGAGCGCAGGAAAUGAAUUUAAAGAGGAAGAUCUUUUUCACGUCUGACAACCUUAUUAAAGACAGUAUGAGGCCACGAUUACCGGGUUUACGAGUAUCUCGUAUUCCUAUUAUAAUACUACAUAUUAAAAGUCCCGGACGUUUUUGGGUACAACAACGCGAUUCAAAAGUAAAAAAAGACCUAGACAAAAUAAUGUCUACAAUUGUGGAAAUAGUAAAUUACUUGGACAUGUUUACUACUGCUCCGGAAACAGGCACGAUUGUACUCGCGCCGUACGAAGAAAAUAAUUGCAAAUUUUAUUACCGGGCAUUAGUGGAGGGACACAUAACGUCGCCCGAAAUAUUGGUACAACUAUUUUUCCUCGAUUUCGGUUACUCGAGCGAGUGCCGACUGUGCGAUUUGAGACGUUUAGAUAACAGCGACAUCGUUAACAUUCCGGCACUAGCCAUAGAAUCCGUUCUGGCGAACAUUCGACCAUCGGUGGCGCACAAUUUAAAUGACGAUUGGUCGGAGGCUGCCUACGACUUUUUCUGGAUGUUGAUUAAUAAACCGGGUCUACUGUACGGCGACAUUUAUUCCAUCGUGAACGGCGUUGCUGCGUUCGAACUGAUACAUAAGCACAAUGACGAGGAAAUUAGUAUCAACCAAAGUCUGAUCGAUAAAGGGUUCGCAAUAAAAAAAGAAGAGGGCUACUUUUCACGCUUCAAUCAUGAUUUAAGAUUGAAACAAGAAGACAUGUCAGAGGAGCAGUGUUAUCAGUAUGAACAGUUACAGUACAAUCAAGAUUACAUGCCGGACAUUUACUCGGAUCCACCACAUAGUUCGGAGUGUUAUACAACCGUGAACCUGCGAGGGCCAUUUUCACCUCUGGAAAUUGAAUUGAAACAUCUUACUAUGGCUGGCAGGGAUAAAAAAGUGAACAUGGCAUCGAACUCCGUCAACGCGGUUCUUCUGGACACCGACCCAGAGGAUGCUUAUCAGAGACUUCUCGUCGCUGGUUCUGUUUCUCAAAAUGUAUACGGCAGUUCGUUAACGUUGUACAACACAACGUUAAUGCCACGUCUUCCUGGCUUGACCGCUCUAAUCGCACUGAUUUUCACACCGUGUAUGGAAUUGCGACGGAAUAAUUUUGGAAAUUAUUACGUUGGCGCGUUGUGCGGACUUGGAUCUCAUCCAACUACCAAAACAAGUAUGUUUCCAGAGCACGACAUAGAGGUUAAUUUCGACGCUGAGAUUACCGUAGAUGAUCUGCAGUAUAUAAACAGACUGCGUCAUUGGACGAACAUUGGAAUUCAAAUCAAUCACCAAUCCGAGAGCAGCGAUAACAUGGAAGAAAUUAUAAUUUGUCAAAACAGAAUAAAAGACGCGUUACUAAAACUCAUUGAUAAACCAAGAAAAGCACAAACUAUUGAAUCAAUUACUAACUUUGAUAAAUGGAAUUUAUACGAUGAGUCUUUGUAUCUGCAACCUAGUCGGACGUCUAUGAUUGUCAACAAUAUAUUUAAGUUACACAAUGCAUUGGAAUUAGAAGAGACCAAUCAGUUACAAGAACUUAUAGAACACGUGACAAUGUUACGGAAACUAACAAUGGAGGAUCCAAGAAAACCAGAAAAUACUAAUAUUCCCUGUAAGGUCUGUCAGGUUACGGUGGACGAUAUCUACGAUCUUCGCAGUCAUUUGUUCACCACAAAUCACAGAGAAAAUGAGAAACGAUUAGGAAUUCAACUUUAAUUCAUUAUAAUCAAUUAUAAUUAAAUGACGGGAUACGUUCAGUGAUGACCAAGUAUUAAUAAUAAUUACCUGUUACUUUAUACCAU